CGCGCGCGGGCACGCUCAGCACAGACUCACAGCUGAGUUCAAUCUGCGCCUCUGCUCUUUCUCAUCUCACGAUACUCGGCUUUACAGUAACUACUAGCCGACUUUCCUGUAUUUUUGGACGGUUUGUGACGAAAGACAUUUCAAGUGAACUGCUUGAGGGAAGGACAGCUGUUCUAAUUUUAAGUAAAACAACAGGAUUUUUGGUCUUCAGAGACGGCGUGAGUGACUUCCUGCUCCCUUCUAAGGGGGUGGGCGGUGGUUUUGUGGUUCUGACCCCUCCUGGUCAGACUGAAGAUGAUGACCCCUAGUGCAUGGCUGCUGUUCCUGCUGUUGCUGUGUAUGGUGUCCACACUAUGGGGUUACCCCUUCAGACCACCGCUAGACCUGGAUGUGACCCCCAGAACUACGGUCUUCUCCAAUGGGCUGUUGGGCUGCAAGCGCUUCCAAGGCUUAACACUGAACUACAGUUUAUUGCUGCUGGAGGAGGAGACAGGCGUGUUGUACGUGGGAGCUAGAGGGGCUUUAUAUGCCCUGCAGGCUAGUGACAUCUCCAGCAGCUCUCCGCUGACCAUUGACUGGGAGGCAUCAGACGAGCAGAGGCAACAAUGCUUGAACAAAGGGAAAGAUAACAAGACGGAGUGUUACAACCACAUACGAUUCCUGCAGAGGUUCAACAGCACACACUUGUACACUUGUGGUACACAUGCGUUCAGCCCUCUUUGUGCAUACAUAGAUGCGAGGGAGUUUAAAAUCUCGUCAGCCUUCGAGGAGGGUAGAGAGAAAUGUCCAUAUGACCCUACCAAAGGCUACACUGGCUUGUUAAUUGAUCAGCAGAUGUACACAGCAUCUCAGUAUGAGUUCCGGAGCUUUCCAGAUAUCCGACGCAACUCUCCGAAUCCCACAUUGAAAACAGAAGAGGCUCCAACUCAAUGGCUACAGGAAGCUGAUUUUGUGGGCUCAGCGCUGGUGAAUGAGAGCGUGAGCAGCUCAGUGGGAGACGAUGAUAAGAUUUACUUCUUCUUCACCGAGAAGACCCAAGAACUCAGUCCAUACUUCAGUCACAGCAGAGUAGCACGGGUCGCACGUGUGUGCAAGAAAGACAGAGGAGGUCUUCUCACGCUGCAGAAGAAGUGGACCUCCUUCCUGAAGGCACGUCUGGCGUGUUCGUUACCGGACUACGAAUUUCACUUCAACGUGUUGCGGAGUGUGUUUUUUCUGAAGGGCUCCAGCUCUCAGGACUCUGUUUUCUAUGGCAUCUUUGGCCUGGAAUGGAAAUAUGUAAAAGCAUCUGCUAUCUGCCGGUACUCCAUUUCGGAUAUCCAAUGGGCCUUUGAUGGGCCUUACAUGGAGAGCAACGAAGACUCCAGCUCUAAAUGGGCACAGUACACAGGGAAAGUGCCAGAACCUCGACCCGGCUCGUGCAUCACAGAUCAACUUAGAGCAAGAGGCAUCAACUCAUCCACCAACCUGCCAGAUGACGUACUUCAUUUUGUCCGCCGCCAUCCGCUCAUGUACAGGCAAAUCCUUCCUCAAGGACAGCGCCCCCUGCUGUUUAGGAGGAAUGUGGACUACACUAAAAUUGCCGUUCACAAAGUGACUGCUCUAGAUGGUCAGAUAUACCACAUACUCUUCAUUGGGACAGAUGAAGGUUGGUUACAGCGGGCUGUGAUGGUUAAUGGUCAGCUGCACAUCAUUGAGGAGCUGCAGUUGUUCGAGGAGCCCCAGCCAGUGGACAGUAUAGUCAUCUCUGAGAAACAGAUGAGUGUGUAUGUGGGUUCGCCCAGCUCAGUGGUGCAGUUGCCCUUGUCCACAUGCAGCAGAUACUCCUCGUGCUUCGACUGCGUGAUGGCACGUGAUCCUUUCUGUGGCUGGGAUGGACUGGAGUGUGUGGACAUUACAUCACACAACAGCAGAGCUAAUCUGACCCAGGAUAUUGUGAAUGGAAACCAGGGCUGUGAAGAAUCCACAGCAGAUGACCAAGUGUUACACCGCUCUCGCUCUGUGAUGGCGGGUGAUGACGUGCUGCUUCAGUGCGAGCUCAGCUCCAAUCUGGCAACCCCUGAGUGGACGCUGGAUGGAAAGAAACUGCAGGGUUACGGGCUGGACUCUGGCUACCGCGUCGGCACUGACGGCCUCCUGGUCAUCGAGGCACGGUCUUACCAGAGCGGCCACUACUGCUGCUUCGCCCUGGAAAACAGUGUCCAUGUUCCUGUGGUGAACUACAGCUUAACAGUUCGCCAGGAGCUUCCUGCACCUCCUCCUGUGGAGCCGACGCAGCCACACUUGACCACAGCGAUCUACUGGACCUUUCAGACUUCCCAAAGUGACUCCCCAGAGGACUUCAAUCCAACCCCAAUGUCCCCUCGCUUCGAGUUCCUGUCCAUGAGGAACAUGGAGGCCAUGUACCUCUCCCUAAUCACAAUCCUAGGAGGCCUUUGUUUCGUUCUAACCGUCGUCCUGCUGUACGUGGGAUUCUGUUUGCAAGGGCGGAGAGGUAAAUACUCUUUGCGGGCCGCUGCCCAUGCCGAAAAGAAGCGAGGUGCUCACAUGGAGCUCAAGACCAUCUCCAGCCACUGCAACGGGAAAGCCGACGCUCACGACGGCCUGCUUCAGAUUGUUCCCGGAGAAGCGGCAACGUCACCCAACAAAGAGCUUCCUCCCGCUCCACCUCUCCCACCGCCUUCAGAAUCAGAGUACGUCAAUGGACUCUCUGCCACUCUACCCAGCGUCUUACGCAAGAUGAAUGGCAACAGCUAUGUGUUGCUGAGACAGACGGAUGGAGAUACCACGUCUCCGCUCUAUUACUCCUUCACGGAGGAGCUCAACAGGAUCCUGGAGAAGAGGAAGCACACGCAACUGUGUAGUAAACCCGACGAGAGCUCGGUGUGAACCGUACCUGGCUUGUGGAGAGGUUUUCGACCUGCUGGUGUGAAAAUGUUCAAGGGAUGUAUCAUUGUUCAAUACCCCUUUUUUUACUUCAACGGGAUGCUAAUAAGUAGCCGCGGCAGCAGCUUUUGUUGGAGGAUAAAGAAAACAUUGGUGUCCUUCUAGAAGGACAAACUGCCUCUCCGUUUACAUUUCAAAUGUAAAGCUUUUGACUUUCAGCAGACUGAGGAAUGCCCACCGGUUACAAAAUAGCAAAGAACGAACACAUGAAAAUUCUACCUCAGCAAGUUAUAUCACACAGCCAAUGCGCUUGUGUUAAAAUCGGGGUUGGAGAAGUUAGGGACACGCAGCAAAGUAAAAGAGCCCAUCUUGGGGAAUCAAGUAAAUGAUUCCAUUACAAACUGGUUAGAAGAGACGUUUACAAGGCAGAGUUGUAAAAAAGCUACGAGAUGAACUCGGAUGAAAGUUUUGCGCCUGGACGGAGCAAGUCGUGUGAAAACUCAUGUGAAUGUCUCUGAUAUGUCCUUUAUUUUAGUAUUUUCUAAUUUAUGCCAACACUGACCAUAUCGGUAACACCUUGUAAUAAUAAUCAUGAUUAAGAAGAGCAGGGAUAACAGACUUUGAAUACGAUGAGAAAUGCACUUGAUGGUACUAAUUGUGUAAAUAAGGCUUUUAUUAAUAGUUUCACAGGGGUGGGAACCAGGGAAGAUGACAGUAUUAACCACUGAGAUGCACUUUAUGUACCGGUAGCAUUUGUUUUCCCUGAGGUGCUGCUUAUUCUGACAGAUCUGGAGAGGAUGGAAUGGAUUACAAGGACUUAUGUGAAAGUGACAAUAUGAUAAAAUUGUGUUGAAAAUGCUGCGAGAGGGAAGACUACAGUAUGAGUUCCUG